CAACCUUUACGGAAACGGGGCCGAAAAAGAAAGCCCAUUGAGAAAUGCAGAUUCCAGCCGAGAGAAAACUGAAAGAAAUUGAAGUUUUGAACCCCUAUUUGGUCGUACACAAGAAAGGGGGAAAAACGUUAAACCCUAGAAUUUGUUAGAGUGAAAUUAGACGUGUGUUUGUUUGGGUGAAGAAUAAUGAGUGAAAGGCAAGAGCUUCAACCCGAUCCGCAGAUUCAAUCGCCCCAGGGUUCAUCAAGAGAUGACAUGAUUUCCUGGGUGGUGGCGUUAGAGACGGCUUUGCUCCCCUGCUUGCCCGCCAGAGAGCUUCAAGCUAUCGACCGUUCUCCGCACCCUUCUCAUCAGAUUGAUGUGGAGAGACAUGCUAGAGAUUUCAUGGAAGCUGCCAAGAAGCUUCAGUUAUAUUUCCUUGGCUUGCAACGCGAGGAUCAGCCAACCAAGGCUGAAAUGCUCAGAAAAGAGAUUGCAACAAUGGAAGAAGAGUUGAAAACGAAGACGGAGAUGAUGAAGAAUCAGGAGAGACUGAUCCAGGGAUGGAGGAAGGAUUUGAGUGACCAACUGGACCAACACGCUACUGAACUGGAGAGAGUAUAGUUGAUUGGCGAUAGUUGUGUGCUGAUAAUCUCGGGGGUUAUAUUUUGUUUGAGAUUGAUCUUAGGGUCUAGCUUUACCACCAGUCAUCAUGUUGCUUUGUACUGGCAGUGAAGCAUUAUAUCUGCUGCUUGUGUAACUUCAGAAAGCACAAUUAAUACAAUCCUUCCAUAUACUAAUUUUGCCCA